GAUUCGUGUUGCUCGUCUUCUCCCUCCCCCUCCCUCCUCCCAUCAGUAGUCUUCACUGUCUAGCUCCACUACUGUCUCCUCCUCCUCCUCCUCGUCUAUCAGCUCGUUCCCUUCCCCUCUCCUCCUUCCCAUCUCUCGCCUCACCUUUUGUCUGGACUCUGAACGGAAACAAACAAGGAUGGUUUGAAGCGAGAAGGCAACAUCUCGUUUCUAUCACCUUCUCAGCUCCUCUCUGCUACAAGCGUUGCAGUGAUCUGAGGUCGUGCGCGACCUGGCAGAGUCACGAGCAUCAGUCGAAGCUUGUCAGCAUGGGGGCAGAGACUUCCAAGGCGGAGGGGACAAGCAUCUUACCUGACCUGUGCUGCUUCGAGAGCGGGAGGAAGGAGAUGGUGCUUACGUCGAAGCACCAGGAGAGAGUGGCGUACGAUGACAGGCGCCAGCGAGCCGGGCUGGAGGCCGUGCGGAUCGCGGAGGCCGUGCGGAUCGCAGAGCGAAGAAGUCAGGCUGGGGGUAGCGAUGUAGAUUCUCGAGCGAGGGGGACGGAGAAGCUGAAGAGUGUUUCCAACGAGGUCGACGUACUGACGAACAAGCUUGCGACGUUGGCAGAGAUGGAGAAGAAAAUGACAAAGACUGUGGAGGGCAGAAAGAAAGUUUUACAGUGAUUCAUUUGCGAUUUUUGUUUCCUCAAUAAAGAAUUUUGUUUGG